UUCCGCCUCGCCCCUUCCCGCCCUGAGGGCUGGCUGAUGCAAUGUGGCCACGCUUGCAAAUAGCCCGAGACCCAGGAUUUGGGCGCCUGGUGCCACGGGAGAGCUGGUAACGUCGGGAUGCACAAGAACGAGACCACUGCACCACAGCAAUUUAGUUUAUGAACCAAAGAAGCCAAAAGCUGAGAAAACAGAUGAAGGUGGACACGCUGCCCUGAAGCAUAUUUGCCUACUGUAUACUUGGGUGAUCACAUGAAAAGCCUGCUUCGUACAUUUGAAGCCCUUUGCUUUUGAAGAACGUCAGGAAGUAUGAGUGUGUACAUACGUCAUAUUACACGUGCAGCUCAUUAAGCCAAAUAGAUAGUAUGCAGGUAUACAAAGUGAGCCAAAACACAUUUGAUAGGCUAUGACUGAAGACAGAUAAGUUCACUGAAAUAUCUGCUAAACACAUAAUCAAAAACUCCUUGUGUUGUGCUAAGAUAAAUUGCCAGUGUGAUAUAUACUGGUUUUAUUUCGUAGUUAUACUUAGGACAUUGCUAAUGCCUUUGUAGCUGUGAGGACAAAAGGUAUGGCUGUUUGCAUAUACUAGAUACAUGAUGUGUGAAUGUGCACUUCCUAGCAAAUAAGGGAUCUAUUUGUCAGUGUGCAGGGAGUCUACACGCAUGGAACAGUGUACUUACAUUUUUUCUGAAAAGCAUGUCUACUAGAUCAGGCAUUGUAUGGGAAGAGUGAGAUCUGCGAGACGAAAUACUAGUGUGUGAAUCUGCAAAGAACAUAAAUUCUAGGUCAGUUUGUGUGUGUGUGUGUGUGUGUGUGUGUGUGUGUGUACACAUUGGUGUGUUUGGGUUACAUAUUCCCUCCCUUGAUGGAGAAAUCCAAAGCAGACCUAGAGGCGGCUGGAAACUCUGAGAGUGAAUCCCAUCAAGAUCUUCUGCCUGAGGAACCAGCUGCCCGCCCUACCUGGGGAUCAAAGGCUCAAUAUAUCCUUGCCCAGGUUGGCUUUUCUGUUGGACUCGGCAACGUCUGGCGUUUCCCCUACCUGUGUCAUCAAAAUGGUGGAGGUGCUUUUCUGCUGCUGUAUCUGCUGCUCCUCUUAAUCAUUGGGAUCCCUCUCUUCUUCCUGGAGCUAGCAGCUGGGCAGAUUAUCCGACAGGGCAGCAUUGGCGUCUGGAAGCAUAUCAGCCCCCGCCUAGCAGGCAUUGGCUUUGCAAGCUGUGUGGUGUGUUCCUUCGUUGCCCUAUAUUAUAAUGUCAUUAUUGCAUGGAGUCUUUUCUACUUGGGUAACUCUUUCCAGUUUCCCCUUCCAUGGAGUAAUUGCCCAGGAGCCGAAAACGAAACAGCCGUAGUCAUAGAAUCUGAAUGCAUGGACAGUUCUCCCACUGUCUAUUUCUGGAACCGAAAGGCCUUGCACAUUACCAGCUCUAUAGAGGAGAGUGGGGGUCUCGACCCAGCCCUUACUGGCUGCCUCUUUGCUGCUUGGACUCUGGUUUGUCUCGCCAUGAUCAAAGGCAUCAAAUCCUCUGGCAAGGUUCUGUAUUUCAGCUCUCUGUUCCCCUACGUGGUUCUCUUGUGCUUCCUUGUACGAGCUUUGCUGCUAGAAGGGGCAGCUGACGGUAUCAGGAUCAUGUUCACCCCCAAGUUGUCCGUUUGGGGAGAUAUGCAGGUCUGGCGUCAGGCAGCCACCCAGGUGUUCUUCGCCCUGGGCCUGGGCUUUGGCACCAUCAUUGCUUACUCCAGCUACAAUCCUCAGCAUAACAACUGCCACAUCGAUGGGUUGCUUGUGUCUGGGAUCAAUUUCCUUACCUCGGUGCUGGCCACGUUGGUAGUUUUUGCCGUGCUGGGCUUCCGAGCCAACGUCUUGGCGCGCGACUGCGUCGUAAGAAAUGCAAAUCAUUUGACUGAGCUGGUGAAGAAUGGUUCCCUCCUAGCUGUGCUUCCUGCAAAUUUCUCUGAAUUCUCUCCUGCUCAAUACAGCAAUUGGUAUCAGGAUCAGUGGAAUGAUACAAAGAAGCAACUGCAGGAGUGGGGGCUUGGCGAUUGUCGUGCGGAAGAUGAAAUGAACAAGGGUGUGGAAGGGACAGGCCUGGCCUUCAUCAUCUUCACAGAAGCUAUGACCCUGUUUCCCACAGCCCCUUUCUGGUCCAUGCUGUUCUUUUUUAUGCUGCUCAACUUAGGGCUGAGCACCAUGCUGGGGAACAUGCAAGGAAUCAUCACUCCCUUAUUGGACAACUUCCACAGCCUCCACCGUCGGCGGACACUCUUCACAGUGCUAUGCUGUAUUAUUGGAUUCCUGCUGGGCUUGGUUUUUGUUCAGCGCUCAGGCAAUUAUUUUGUGACCAUGUUUGAUGACUAUUCAGCCACUCUGCCCCUGCUUAUUGUUGUAGCUAGUGAAGCUUUUGCCAUAGCUUGGAUCUAUGGAGCUGACAGGUUCUUGGAUGACAUAGAAAACAUGCUAGGCUGGCGCCCGUGGAAAAUCUAUAGGUACAUGUGGCGCUAUGUGAGCCUGGCAGCAAUGUUGUGUCUGUUGCUAGCAAGUUUGGUAUACAUGGUUAUGAAGCGCCCCACCUACAAUGCCUGGAACCAAGAAAAGGCAGAGGAGCAGCAGCUGGAGUACCCACCCUGGGCCUUGGGCCUUCUCAUUGGCCUGAUUGUCGUGGCUGCUCUACCCAUUCCAGGCAUGUUUCUUAGACAGCUCUUGAUGGAGUGGUUUGCCCAGCACAGCCACAAGUCUGGCCAGAUGCCUGUACCCACUGAGGAGGAAGACGCGGUAGAGGAAAAAGAGAGUCCGGCUGACCUCGAUCACGCCAGCAACGGCUACUCGCUUGUGCCAGCAGAAGAGGGACAGGAAUAGAACAGACUAUGUGUGGGGACGUGUGAUGUAUAGAAUGUGCAAUUCUCCACCUUGUAGAUGUCCCUGAUUGCUGCUGUAUUUCCAGCUUUUGGUAGGCUUAAUAAGCAAAGCAUAUUUCUUUGGACCCUCCUGGUCCUGCUUGUAGAACAGGAGGAAGGUCACUUGGGCCUGAAGGGAGAAACCCGUUAGGCUGACUUGAGAGGCCAAGGCAAGGCUUCUGGCGCUAAACUGUCAUGGCUCUUCUGCAGGAAGCUGCACGCCUUUGUGUUCCCCACACUCUUGGAGUUGUGCGCGUCCACACCUGUUCCGCCCAUAACAGUGGAGUGGAACCUGAGUGGCCAUUGGUAGGGAGGGGACUCUGAGCAAUGCAUUUAAAAGCAAAAUCAAGUAUUUUAAUACUAAACGCUUAUUCCAUAAAGCCUGAUUGCCCGUACCUAAGGUUGGAGUGUAUAGGAUCACAGUGUACAGUAUAUUGGUUAAUAUUAAGAUGGCAGUGAUAGGGGGAAAACCAUUUAAAAUUGACAUUAUACUGCUCUAAUGUCCUCAUUUAAGCAGUGCAUUUUGCUAGUGCUUAUCUUAUUUUAAAACAAGUAGGGAAAGCGUGAGAGCAUGGUUCCAGAAUUCUUUUUUUUAGCCCUUAAUAAUAGUUCUACUGUGGGUCAUGUGACUAAGAGGAAGUGGGGCUUAGAACAGAUCAGUGGGCAACAUUCCAAGCUGCUGUCUAACUACCUCUCCCACAGAGGUACACAGGGGGAUUUUUCUGACUGUUUUUUUAAAUUAUUAUUCCUGGCCUCCUCCGGCUCAUUUUCAAAUUUGACCUUUCUCUUACGAGCUUCUUACCACACACCAAACUUGGUCCCAUUCUGCUGAUGGAUAGGCAGACAAAGCCCCAAGUCCCUUUACGUAAUUUCUUUGCAACAUUCCACUGGGUUAGAAAGAAUAAAAAAGAUAGUGGAAACAUGAUUUGGGGCUAAUUUAAACAUUGAUUUUAAAUUUUAACAGGGCACUAAACAGAUGUAGAGAGCCAGUCUGGUGUAGUGGUUAAGGCACCAGGCUAGAAACCCGGAGGCCAUGAGUUCUAGUCCCGCCUUAGGCACACAGCCAGCUGGGUGACCUUGGGCCAGUCACUUUUUCUCAGCCCUAGGAAGGAGGCAAUGGCAAACCACUUCUGAAACCUUGCCAAGAAAACUGCAGGGACUUGUCCAGGCAAUCUCUGAGAAUUGGACAUGAUUGAAUGGAUUAAAAAAAAAGUUGUAACUUUAAACAUUAUAGAGGAUUGAGCUAGGAUAAAUUAACUUGCCCAACCUAUCAGGGACCGUGUCUCAUUUUUUAAAAAUGUGAAAGAAGGCAAUAGUUAAGGACAUCUAUGCAGGUGCACUAUUAUUCCAUUCUUUUAAAAAAGCUGCACUUUGUGUGACAAGGAGAAAGGACAGAAAAGACACUUGGAAAACAGCCAACUACCAGAUGGAUGGUUUUUCAUAUGAGCCCUCUUCUCCAACAAAUGUGAAUGAACAAAAUACGAUGAUUCCAUAUCAUCCUGGAAGCACACGUGGCUUGUGCAAGAGGACAUGAAAAACUGAGAUGGAAUGAUAAAGGACUUGUGAAUAAAAUACAUUUAAGUGGACUCUUUCACUUUGAUGAACUACCUUAUGGCUUGAACAGCUAUCAAGGAACCUUAUUCUUUCCCUCAAGAGGGCAUCUUUAAAAUUUUAGUAUGGGCAAAGUGUGACUGGAGAACUACAGUUACUGGAUUUCAAGGCACUAUACUCUGCAAAGAGAAUGAAUGAGAUCUAGGAAGAAAAGGAAGGCGUGAUGUCCAGUGGUAUUUGACUCUGCUAAAGCAUCUGUGUCUCAUACUGGUAUGUGUUCCUCCUUAUUCUCCAAAGUCCAUUUUAGACUGUAAGCUCCUCCUCAAGAGCAGGGACCUACCCAAUGACAUCUGGUGGUACCAUAUUCUUUCUUGCUCCUUUCAUCUAAAGCAGCAUUUCUCAACCUUGGCAACUUUAAGAUAGGUGGAUUUCAACUCCCAGAAUUCUUUACCUGUCUUAAAGUUGCCACAUUGAGAAACGCUGAUCUAAAGAUUGAAUUGUUAUAUGGAUGACUGACAGGAACACCUUAUUCUGAGAGGAUCUCAGGCUGUGGGUUGGGACCUCCUAGAAGGGUCAUCACAAAUACUGAAAAAAAUUUAGAAAAGCAAAGCGGUCUAAACACAUUGCAGAUUUUGCCCCUUGUUUCACCUGUACAAGGCCUCCGUAAGCAGUUAUGGUGCUGCAGUUUGAAAACUCCAGUGAUACAUAGAUCAAAAUUCAGUUACUAGAAGUGGUGUGUUUAUUCCUUGCCCAACCCUAGGACCAAUGGGGGGGGAGGGGUCGCAGUACCAGCAAGAAUGAGAACCACUGCCUUACUCCAGGAAGAUUCUGUUUCAAUGGGAAAUUAAAGGGAAAGAUGGACUUUUCCAGUUCUUUGUCAGACAUUGUAGGUCAAAGAACCAAAAGCUUUGAAGAAGUAGUCAAUAGACUGCUUGUUUUUAUAAUAUUCUCUAUGGGGAAUUACUGGACUUUGUCAAUAGUUCAAUAAAUGAACUGUAUGUUGGAGUUUAAAUUAUGUUUUUGGGGACUUACCUAAUUUAGGGCAGGACAAAGCAAGUAAUUAAAACUCCACUGUUCUGGUGACAGGUUUCAGUUCCUUACAGAACCUGAGGUUUACAAAUCAGCCUUAAGUAAGAGAACAAACAUCUGCUUGUUUUCCCCUUUCUCUUCAAUAAAAGCUGUUUAGCACAAACAGACAGUUCAGUUGUGCUGUAUUAAACUCUGAGGUGGGAAAAUGUAUCUGAUUUCUAUCUGGUUUGGUUUAAACUUUAUCAUAUGUUAAAGAAUAUUAGUGGCAAUGAAGAUAAGUUGUCAAGCUCAAAUCAGGGCAGUUUUCCUUGCUCAAAUUAGGAAUAUGAUAUAUAUAAAAGGUAAAGGUUUCCCUUGACAUUAAGUCCAGUCGUGUCCGACUCUAGGGGGCGGUGCUCAUCUCCGUUUCAAAGCCGAAGAGCCAGCAACUGUCCGUAGACACUUCCAUGGUCAUGUGGCUGGCAUGACAACACGGAACGCCGUUACCUGCCCACCGAAGCGGUAUACACAAACACACAGUAUAUAUAUAUGUGUAUGUGUAUAUAUAUAUAUAUAUAUAUAUAUAUAUAUAUAUAUAUAUACACACACACACAUAUAUAUAUACACACACAUAUAUAUAUAUACACACACACUGUGUAUAUAUGUCACAAUUUACUUCAUUUUGACUGGGCAACUUAAGGCCAUCUCAGUCACUCUUAGUGCUAUAGCUAGGCCUGUGCAAAAAAUAAAAAGUUUCAAAAUGUGAAACAGGUUGUUCCAAGCAUUUUGUAAUUCUUUCACCAACUCCCCACUCAAAAUCAGAUGUCUCAUGAAAUGUUGCACCCCAAAUGGUUCAAAAUAAAAUAUUUUCCCUA